UCGCUGUCAAAUCUCAAGUGAUAACAUUUGCGUCUUCUACUCAGACUCAAGUAAAUUCGUGGGACCUGAAGUACUUUUUUUUUUUUUUUGCAACGGAGUCAACGCUGAAAUAUAGUUCUCCUUCUCACGUAAAUCUACUUUGUGCGUCUAUUGAUCUCGUGGGGAGUAAUUUUAGUUUAUUUGGUUAGGUGUAUUUACACUAGUUUCAAAAGUAUUGUUUUGUUGUAACAAUAUCAAUCACAAUGGCUUCAGAUGCAAAUCGUCCAGAGCUUUUUGAGGAUGUUAAGCUGUUUCGCAAUGCUCGGGAACGAGAAAAGUAUGACAACAUGGCAGACCUCUUUGCUCUUGUUAACACACUGCAACACCUGGAAAAGGCAUUCUUGAGGGACUGUGUUACACCUAAAGAGUAUACUGCAGCAUGUACCAAGUUGCUUGUACAAUACAAGGCAGCCUUCAAGCAAGUACACGGUGAUGAAUUUCCUAAUAUUGAAGCAUUCGUCAAAAAGUACAGGCUUGACUGUCCUGCUGCACUGGAACGCAUCAAAGAAGAUAGGCCAAUAACUAUUAAAGAUGACAAAGGCAAUACAAGCAAGUGCAUAGCUGACAUUGUUUCAUUAUUUAUCACAAUUAUGGACAAGCUAAGACUAGAGAUUAAAGCCAUGGAUGAACUGCACCCAGAUUUGAGAGAUCUUAUGGACACAAUGAAUCGAUUGAGUUCUCUCCCGUCCAGCUUUGAAGGGAAGCAGAAGGUUUCAGACUGGCUUAAUACUUUGUCCUCUAUGCAAGCUUCAGAUGAAUUGUCAGAAACACAAGUGCGACAGUUAUUAUUUGACCUUGAGUCAUCUUACAAUGCUUUCAAUAGAUUCUUGCAUGAAUCCUCGUAAUCCCUUUUCUCAUAAAUGAUGUAUAUUACAAGUUCUUACUACGAACAACAUUUCCAAUAAUAUUUGCUGAGAGAGAGGAAAUGGCCUUGUUUAUGCCACAUGUUGCCUUAACCAUGGAGAUGCUAUACGUUCUCUAUGGACUUAAAUCAUAUUUCUUGUAAUUUUCUGUACUGAAUUUGAUUUCCCAGCUGCUUAUGUGUUAUUUUAUAGUGGUCAAAUAAUUAAGCUUCCAUCGAAUCAUUGUUUAUGUAUACUGGCUCUUGUUUUGUGUACUAUCCUGCUUUUUUUCUUUCUUUAUUUUUAGUUAAAUAAAAACUGUGAUUAUUGAUCAAUUUUAA